AUGGAGGCGGCGGAGCUGCGCUGCACGGCGGCCGUGGAGCAGCCGCUGCCGGGGGGCCUCGCCCCGCGCCGCCGCCUGAUGCGGAACGCGACCGUGCUGCUGGGCCGCAACGAGCUGCGGCAGCCCGUGCUGCGCGUGGCCGGCGGCAGCGGCGCGGCGGCGGCCGUGCUGAGCUUCGUGCUGGCCGGUGACGCCGUGAGGCUCUUCACGCGGUUCGCGGGCGAGGGGCGGGCGGCGGUGCGGGUGGGGCCGGACGGCGCCCAGGUGCUGCUGUCCGACUGCCCCCCGGACGCGCUGCGCCGCUUCCUCCGCCUCCUGCGCCUCAAGGUGGCCGCCGGGCCGCGGGACGCGCCGCGCCGCCCCCGCCUGCUGGAGCGGCCGCCGCCGUCCUUCUCCGUGAUCAGCCCGGUGCAGGAGCGGGACCUGCUGGGCAGCCCCGGCCGCCGCCAAGAGCGGGGGCAGCCCCCGGCGGAGGUGCCCCGCAAGGAGAGGCGGCCCCCGGCGAGGCUCUCGGCGGAGCAGGAGGCGGUGCUGGGCGCCGUGCGGAGCGGCAAGAGCAUCUUCUUCACCGGCUCUGCAGGUGAGCGUCCCGGCCACUCUCAUCGGCUCCCCGAUGGGGGAAAGUCCUGUCCAUUGACCUGUUGCUUCUCUCUCGAAGGGACUGGGAAGUCGUUCCUGCUGAAGCGGAUCUUGGGGUCCCUCCCUCCCAACAUCACCUACGCUACAGCCAGCACGGGAGUGGCGGCUUGUCACAUCGGUGGCACUACUCUCCACGCCUUUGCAGGGAUCGGCUCUGGGAAGGCACCGCUGGAACAGUGCAUUCAGCUGGCAGAGAGGCCAGGGGUGCGCCAGCACUGGCUGGCCUGCCAGCACUUAAUUAUUGACGAGAUCUCAAUGGUGGAUGGCAAGUUCUUUGACAAGCUGGAAGCGGUGGCAAGGGCCGUCAGAAAACGGGAUGAGCCUUUUGGAGGAAUUCAGCUAAUUAUCUGUGGGGAUUUCUUACAGCUACCCCCAGUCUGCAAGGCUAAUGAAGAAACCAAGUUCUGCUUCCAGGCAAAAAGCUGGAGGAAAUGCAUCCACGUAAACAUGGAGCUGACUGAAGUGCGGAGACAGACUGACAAGACCUUUGUCUCAAUCCUGAGUGCAAUCCGUUUAGGCAGGUGCACAGAGGAGGUUACCAGACAGCUGAUGCAGACAGCUGCUCACAAGUCUGAGCGUGAUGGGAUCCUGGCUACGAGGCUGUGCACCCAUAAAGAUGAUGUAGAAAUAACCAACGAGAGACGCUUGCAACAGCUCCCAGGAGAAGUGCAUGUGUUUGAGGCUUUGGACAGUGACCCAAUGCUAGUGAAGUUAAUUGAUGCUCAGUGUCCUGUGGGUGGUAGAGUUGAGCUAAAGCUUGGAGCUCAGGUGAUGUUAGCAAAGAACCUUGAUGUGUCUCAAGGGCUGGUGAAUGGGGCACGAGGUGUUGUUGUAGGGUUUGAAAGUGAACAGAAGGGGCUGCCUAAGGUGAGGUUUCUCUGUGGGGUCACACAGCUCAUAAAAAUGGAGAAAUGGGUCAUCAAAGGACCAUCAGGAGUUCAUCUGAGUCGUCAGCAAUUACCUUUAAAAUUGGCAUGGGCCAUUUCCAUUCACAAGAGUCAGGGCAUGUCUCUGGACUGUGUGGAGAUCUCCCUGUCCCGUGUCUUUGAGAGCGGCCAGGCCUACGUGGCCCUGUCCCGCGCCCGGAGCCUCGCGGGGCUCCGUGUCCUGGAUUUCGACCCCAAAGCAGUGAGAGCUGACCCUGCUGUGCUGCACUUCUACAGGCACCUGAGGCACCACCAGCUUCCAGCUCAGGAUUCAUUACACACCUAUUCAGAUACUGAUGAGAAGGAGAACCGGAAAUGCAACUGA